UAAAACUGAAAUUUUUUUAAGGUACAAGGCAUUGGAAACAUUUAGUAUCAUAAUAUACCAUUAUUAGGCAUCUCUAUCUGAUUGUUAGAAAUUAUUCAUUUCCUCAAAGAGAGAGAAUAAAUUGGCUGGGGAUGUAACCUUGCAGUAUGCACUUUGUUUGCCAAAGGCAAACGCUGAACAUUUCAGAGCCACGAGAAUGCUUCUGCAGUUGAGUUUGCUAGUGCUUGGAGCUGGCUAUGCUUGUACCCUUGCCAUAGAAAUUCCAGUGCAUAGACUGGUGGCAGAGACCUUGGCACUGCUCUCGACUCAUCGAACUCUGCUGAUAGGCGAUGGGACCCCAAGGAUUCUUACUCCUGUGCAUGAAAAUCACCAACUGUGCACUGAAGAAAUCUUCCAGGGAAUAGAUACACUGAAGAAUCAAACUGUACAAGACGAUGCUGUGGGAAAACUAUUUAAAAACUUGUCUUUACUCAAGGAAUACAUAGACCUCCAGAAAAAAAAGUGCGGAGGAGAAAGACGGAAAGUAAAGCAAUUCCUAGACUACCUGGAAGAGUUUCUUGGUGUAAUAAGCACUGAUUGGAUGAUAGACAGUUGAGACCAAACUGGCUUAUUGUAGCUCAAGACCUUGGAGGAGGAAAAGAACAUUUUAUUGUAAUCAGAAUGAGGGCCAAUCAGGUGCAGGGCCUUAAUUUUCAUUGUAAUUAAAAUCCAGAGGCAAAGUAAAUAUUUCAGGCAUAGUGCUACUUUGCCACAUCACACGGGCAGAAAACAUAAAAUAUUUUAGAUAUAUUUCAGAUAACAGAAUCAUUGAAGUAUUUUUCUACUAUUUGCUCCGGGGAAAACAGAUAUAUAAUUUUAUCUUAUUUAACAUUCUCUAAAAUGUUCGCUAACAUUAUUUAUGAAAUAAUUAAGAAUUUGGUAAAUUAAUAUUUAUUUUGUUAUAUGCUAUGUUCUAAUAAACCAAAAACAGACAACUUUUGUUCAGUUUGCUGCUGGCCUCUG